UCCCUCCCUCCUCCUCUCCUUCCCUCCUUCCCUCCCUCCCCGCUACCCUCAAACAUGCCCUCACGGAGCGAUACCUUCUAGCCUCUUUGCAGCACCCUUUUAUCAUUUCCCUCCACUGCGCCUUUCAAUCUCCCUCAAAGCUCUAUCUCCUUACCGAAUAUUGCCGAGGGGGAGAUCUCUUUUUCCACCUCCGGAGGCACCGACGCUUUAGCCUGGCU